AGAGACAGGACACUCAGCAGGCUCCUGGAAAGGUCUGUGGGCUUUGCAGCUCCUCUCAGCCUCUGUUUCAUCGUGGCCUCUGCUGAUCUGCAAAUCCUGGGGAUCAUUCUGACACUGCUUUGCUGGGUGAAUGUUCUGGUGUCCCUUACUUUGCCCCCGUGGAAGGUGACUGCCUUCAUCGGCAACAACAUCAUGGUGGUCCAGGUGGUGUGAUAGGGGCUGUGGAUACCCUGUUUAGUGCAGAGCACCAACUAGAUGCAGUGCAAGAUGUACUACUCACUGCUGGUGCUGCCCCAGGACCUGCAGGCUGCCCAUGCCCUCUGUGUCAUCACCCUCUUUGUGACCCUGCUCAGCCUGCUGGUCUACCUUGCUGGAACCAAGUGCUCCACUUAUGUGGAGGAUGAGGACUCCAAGGCCCAUCUGGUUCUCACUUCUGGGAUCAUCUCUGUCAUCUCAGGGGUCCUGAUCCUGAUACCUGUCUGCUGGAGGGCCCAAACCAUCAUCCAGGAUUUCUACAACCCCCUGGUGGCUAAGGCCCCAAAACAAGAACUGGGGGCCACCCUCUACUUGGGCUGGGCAGCCUCUGGCCUUUUGUUACUGGGUGGGGAGGCUUUUCUGCUGCACCUGUCCCUCUGGGGGGUCCCAAGACUCCAGACAUUACAUAGCCCGCUACUCAGCAUCUGCCCCACAUGCCACCCCUCGGGGUCCCUCUGAGUACCCCACUAAGAAUUAUGUCUAAUUCAGUUAGGGAAGUGGAGGCUCCCUUGAUAGUGGAGCCUAACCCCCUGAGCUCGAGCCAUUGAGGUAGUGAUCUGUGGCAGCUUUGGGGUGGUUGUUAUCUGUUUUUUGCUUUUUUUUUGGAGGGGUGUAAUUUUUAAUCCUUUUGGUAACCCAGCAAGAAACUUGGGCUCCCACCUGGGUUCUGCUGCUGGUGUUUUUCACCUUUGAGGGAUGCAGACAAAGAGGCGAUGCUUCCAAGUUUCUGGUUCUUUCUCCACCCUGGAGGACCCCUUCUUGGCAGUCAAUCUGAAGCUGUGGGCCCAGGAUGAAGGCUGCUCACUGUCCAGGUACUUUCUGCUUAUCCCCAAGAGUUCCUACUGCUGUUGGAGCAGGUCCUGCCUGGGCUUGCAGGGACAAGCCCGCCUCUGCUGGUCAGGCCUCUGGAAUCCUCAGGGAUUCUUGAGCCUCACAUAGCCUCUAGAAGAGCAGGUGAUAAGUUACCAAAGAACCACUCACCUCAAGUCUUCUGACCUCUGGCACUUCCAUCCUGAGUCACAUUCCAGCUGUGCUGUAGACCAUUGACC